AUGCAAGGGCAGAAGAGAGACGCGACAUCUUGUGCCGCCGGAUAUAUUACUGAACCUCUCACCACGACGGACGCCUACUCGUCGCCUCAUACAAUACCAACAACGAUCCUCUCAUCCACUGUCCUCGGGUCUCCCGACGCCACAAAAUCCGUUCUGAUCUUCACCGUGAUCAAUACCCUGACAAGGAAGCGAGGGAGCGAGGAAGCCGUGUCGCGAUUGAGAAUAUUCAGGAGAAGAGACAAAUGGAAACGAAAGAAGGUCUCGCCUGCAGCUGAUUCAUCCCGUCAACUAUAUACAAGUCACCUGUCGUUCGUGGUGGGUUCUUCCGGCAGUCGAAGCGGAGAAAUCGGGGGCAGCGGAGGCCUUUCCGCUCGGUCAGGGGAUCUUGCUGCAAAUACGAUGGAGAAUAACAUCGGUACCACACACCCCGAACUCAUGGAUCCGAAUUCCAAUGCCGAUCAGCAGUCCGUCGUCGAUUCAGCGGCAGCGGUCUCUCCGAUUGCGACGGUGACGCGGCCGGGAGACGACGACGACGAUAACACCGCCGUCAACACCGCUGAUACACCGCGCCCAGCAAAACGCCAAAAGGUCUUGAGCGCAUGCGACGUUUGCCAUGCCAAGAAAUCCAAAUGCGAUGGCGGCAGGCCGUCGGAGCGAUACGGAACUGAGAUAUUGUGCGCUUACUCAAGAGAUGGACCUGGGCCAGCAGUUGUCAGACCCCGUCUCAAUACCCAGAGUUUGAUCGAUCGCAUUCACAGUCUAGAACGCGAGAUCGCUUCCUCGAAGCAAGGACCCUCAGCACAGCUAGGGCGUGAUAAACGGGGGUCAGAGACUCACUCUGGAAAACGCCAUGGACUUCCAUCCUCGCCCACAUCUUCCAAUGCCUGGAUGUCUGUCAAUAGACCUACUCUCAGGGCUACUGAGGGUGAAAAAACCCCAGCCGACGCGGUGGGCUCGAGAGCCUUCAUCGAUAACCGAGGCGCUUCACCAUCCAAUGUGGCCAGCCAAAUUUAUGGCAGCUCUACAGCUACCAAUCUUAUGCGACAAGACAAAAAAAGUUUUCGGACCACUAGCAGGAGACGGACAAGUAGUUUUCAACCCACGUCAAAUCCAGUCCCCUCUCGAGAGAAGUCACUGGGAACACCAUCACUUUUAUCUGAGAAUUUCUCGCUUCCCCAACGAGAUGUAGCAGACGCUCUACUAGAAGCAUACUGGCUUCGAUCGCACACUCUCUAUCCGUUUAUUGACAAAGACAAUUUCAUGGAAGCGUACCAGGACUUAUGGCUCCCCUCUCGUCAGACUCAAGAAGACUUCCAGACAAGCGAUCUUGGUCUAGGAACGCCAGGACUUUCGGAUUCUCGCACCGUCGUCUUUCACUGUGCUCUGAACGCGAUUUUUGCGCUUGGUUGCCAGCUAUCUGACACUGCUAUAUCACACCAAGAGCGAGACUCCUCAUCACAGACCUUCUUUCUUCGCUCGAAAAGUUUGUUACAGGUUGAUAUAUUGGACGAAGGCAGUAUCGGACUUGUACAGACCCUGCUGAUCAUUGCUCAAUUCCUUCAGAGCACACCGUCUCCCAGUCAAUGCUGGACCUCGCUGGGUUUAGCUUGCCGCAUUGCCCAGGGAUUGGGACUGCAUGCCGAAGACCGUGGUUCGCGGACAGACGCCAAAGAAGUUGAACUUCGUCGUCGGGUAUGGUACGGCUGUACCAUGAUGGAUAUAGAAGCAAGUAUGACACUUGGACGUCCAAUGAUGACACCCUGUCAAAUUACUAUCCCUCUACCUUCAGCCACCGAAGAUGAAGCAUUAAGGUUGAAUCAACCCUUGUCGCAAUUUACUUUCUAUAAUGAGACAAUCAAGUUGUACUUCAUUCUUGGGAAGUCACUGUCGACGCUCUACGGGCUAUGGUCAUCGCCAGGUGCCAGCAAUGACAACGAGAAAGGCAGUAAGAGCAGUGAGGCUCAGACCCCUGACUCGGAUUCGAUCAUUUCUCUAGACGACGAGCUCUCAAAUUUCGAAGACACUAUUCCCAUUCUCCUGCACUGGAAGACAGGCAACGACACCAGGGCUUCGAUUCCGCGCCAGUGGCAACCGAUGAUCGAGAUGCAGACAAAUGUUCUUCAUGCGCAAUUCCUUCAUACCCAAGUCUUGCUACACCGCCCAACAUUUCUACGGGUUUGUAGAAAGAUAUGGCCUCAACACUCGGCCGAUACGGCCGAUAACCAAAACGGUGAUCGCAUUACGAAAUCCCAUAGCCUUCGCUCUCAGUUAGAUUCCCAGUCUGCCACGUCCUGCUUGAGUGCAGCAAUCGAUCUCAUCAAUCUACUUUCCAAUGCCACUACCCAAGCAGCUUCUGGCUCUUGGUGGUCUACGACAUUCUAUCUAUGUACUGCCGGAACGGUUGUAUUGCUCACCGAAGCAUGCCUCAAGCCUCUUGGAUAUCUGCGAUUCGACAUUGACGAGAUACACUCGGCAUGGGCGCUUUGCUGUGGAACACUAGGACGCCUUGUGGAACAAGACCAUCCUGUAGAGCCAGUGUUAGACGGGCUGUGUAACAUCUUUCAGAAGCUGUCGACUGACCAACGCUCAGCACAACCACCAAAUGAAGCGACCGAAGGGACGUCUACGGAGGCACAACAAGAUGGCGAUUCCCGACACGACCAAGGAGUUGGCCUUUCUCCAGAGCAUAUUGAUCACGAUCUUCGACAAUCAAACGUGCCAGAGGAAGUCUUUGCGCUUCCCAUGCAGCCUGUGAUUGAUUUCAUGAUGCAAAACAAGAGUUUUACACCUUUUGGUACAAUAGGUACGGUUAUUCUACCCUUUCAGCUCUAA